AUGCCUGAACUCCGCCAGAGAACAAACGUGCCCAGCAGCACACCUGGUGCUUCAAAAAACGAGGUCCCCGCUGCUUCUCAGCGCCGUGAAACUCGCAGCGGUGGAAUCGGUUUCCUCGAUGUCAUCCGCAUCCUGGUGACGCUUGUCGCCGUCUCUUGCGGUCUAUCAUACUACCUUACCUCUUCCGAAUCCCUCACUUGGGGAUACAAACCCUGGUUUACGAACUGGUCGCAGCUCGCCCGAUAUAUCCAAGGUCCAGUCCUCCUGACCCCCGCCGAACUCUCCCUCCAUGAUGGCACGAACCCCUCGCUCCCAAUCUACGUCGCCGUAAACGGCACCAUCUUCGACGUGUCCGCGAAUCCCGGCAUGUACGGCCCAGGCGGUUCAUACCACUUCUUCGCGGGACGAGACGCAACACGCGCUUUCGUGACGGGUUGCUUCCAGGAGGAUCUUACCGACGAUCUUACGGGCGUGGAGGAGAUGUUUAUCCCCAUUGAUGAGCCCGAGGAGUUGGAGAAGCUGAGUAGUGGGGAGAGGAAGAAGCGGAAGGAGCAGGAUGUGCGGCUUGCGCGGAAGAGGGUUGAGAAGCAGGUGAAUCAUUGGGUUGGGUUCUUUGGGAAACAUAAGAAGUAUUUUGAGGUUGGGAGGGUUGUGAAGGAUGGGAGUGUGAAGGAUGAGCUGGCGGGGAAGAGGGAGCUUUGUGAGGCGGCGAAGAAGCAGAGGCCGAAGAGGGAGAAGAGUGCUUAA